GUAGGGGCAUACAAGUACUUACAUAAAACUGCUAGGGGGUGCUGACGUAAUUUCAACCUGUCGCAUUCAUAUCCGGUACAGAGAAUGAAAAGACAGUGGCAUUACCUUCCCCAAAAAAAAAAAAACAAAGACAGUGGCAUUUACGAUAUAACUUCACAAAUCCAAGCCCAUUUAUAACGUCAUCGUUCACCAUCUAUUUUUUGCACACAUCACAACAAACCCAACACCACCCUGAAACUCCCCACUCGUUCCUCAGAACUUUCUCUCUCUCAUCAUCACUCUCGAAGCGUUCUCUCUCCUCACAUGGAAGAAGAAGAGCUCGAAACUCAGUCACGCACCACCAAUGGCGGCACUCACAACCUCCUUCGAAACCCUAACAAUGGCGAAACGUUCACUUCUCAAGAACACAACUGCUUCGACGAUAUCGACAGCGCUUGCUCCACUCCGUACGUCAGCGCGCCGUCCAGCCCCGGCCGUGGGCCGCCCCUCGCCGGCGCCGGAUUCUUCUACAGCGCUCCGGCGAGUCCAAUGCACUUCAUGCUCUCUUCAUCUCCGAACUCGCCGUCUAACGCGUCGGAAGCGUCCGGGUCGGGCUCGUUCGAGUUUGAGUUCUCGGCGAGAUUCGCGUCGAUCGGUCCGGCGUCGGCUGGAUCGAUGAGCUCCGCCGAUGAGUUGUUCUUGAACGGCCAGAUCCGGCCGAUGAAGCUCUCGACGCACCUUCAACGACCACUAGAGCCAUUGCUGGAUCUGGAAGAAGCAGAAAAAGGAGAUUUGGAGACGAAAACUGUAACGAGAGGACGAGAUGUGAUUAUGCGAGACCGAUCUUACCGGAGAAGAAUCAGAUCUCUGUCGCCGUUGCGAAGCGCAGCAUUUCAGUGGCUCAAGAGUGAAGAACAAGAAGACGAAGUUAACGAGACUAAUGAAAUCGAUCGCGGCUUCGAAGAUGUAGAAAUCAAAACGACGCCGUUAGCGAAUCCGGCGUCGAGUGACGAGACAACUCCGUCGUCCUCGUCGGUGCCGUGUUCGAGGUCGUCGUCGGCCGGCCGGAGCUCAAAGCGGUGGAUCUUCUUAAAGGAGUUUCUCUACAGAAGCAAAAGCGAAGGACGAAACAACGGUCACAAGUUCUGGUCAUCGAUAUCAUUCUCACCAGUCAAAGACAAAAAACUCUCAAAUGCUUCUUCUGAUUCAGCAGCUAAAGACAAAACAUCAGCAGCAACAACAUCGUCGGCGAUGGCGGAGUCGUCAUCUUCGCCGGCGCCGGCGGCGAGUGUUGAAACGAAGAAGGCGAGUAAAAGACCUGCGGUGGCCGGAAAAGUGAUGAACGGGGUGGGGAGGCGGAGGAGGGUGCCGUCGCCGUCGGCGCACGAGCUGCAUUACACGGCGAACAGAGCACAGGCGGAGGAGAUGAGGAAGAAAACGUUCUUGCCGUACCGGCAAGGGCUGUUGGGGUGUUUAGGGUUCAGUUCAAAGAGCUAUGGAGCCAUGAAUGGGUUUGCUAGGGCUUUGAACCCAGUGUCUUCAAGGUAAGAAAAGAUUACUGCUACUAAGAUAGAUAUAGAUAUAGAUAUAUUUAUAUAAAUAUAUCUAUGGUGUGUAUAGAUUUUUAUUAGUAUCAUUUUGUUUUUUUUGUUGUGAAUCUUUUGAACUAGUAAGAGCUAUGAUGAUCAAGAUCAACUGUGUAUGUAAUGUUGAUUUGUUCCCCAUUACAUUGAUGAAAUUGUGGGGGCUCUUUUGUUGUUGGAACUUUUAGUUACAUACAUUUCAUGAUCAUGACUUCAUA